AUGGACACAUUAGAUCAAUCAAAUAAGCCACAUAGGGGUAAGUUUUUAUUUUUUCAUAUAUAUAACGACACAAAACGUUAUUUCUAAUUUUAAUUUUGUUUCAGCUCACAAGAAAGGUGGAAAAGCCGUCAAGAAGUUGAAGAAUGACGCCAGUCAGAAAGGAAACAACCCUAGAGCUUUUACUUUUAACUCAGCAGUUAAGGCACAUCGUAAAAUUAAACGGUAAGUUAAUUAAUAGAUUUUUUAUAUUGUUUUACGUUUAGAGCCGCUGAUUUGAGCGAAAAGAAGAAGCACAUUCCGGUAGUUGAUCGUACACCUCUUGAACCACCGCCAAUAGUUGUGGCAAUUGUUGGGCCGUCUAAAGUUGGUAAAAGCACAUUGAUUAAGGCUUUAGUCAAGCAUUAUUUGAGGCAAAACUUGACUGAGAUCAAAGGUGGGUAGUGUAAUAUUUAUUUUUGUUGAUCUAGAUGUUUAUUUAAGAUUUAGUGUAAUUCUUUAGUUUCAUUAUAUUUAGAACAGUCUAAGAUAAUAUGAAUUAAUGUGAUGUUUUAGGGCCUGUUUCAUUAGUUACGGGUAAAAAACGAAGGAUAACAUUGAUCGAAGUGCCUAACGAUGUGAAUGCUAUGAUAGACAUUGCGAAGGUGGCGGAUUUGACGUUGUUAUUGUUGGACGCUUCUUUUGGAUUUGAAAUGGAGCAUUUUGAGUUUAUUAACAUUUGUCAAGUUCAUGGAAUGCCAAAGUUUAUGGCUGUUAUGACACACAUGGACUUGAUCAAGAAGAAGGAGAAAUUGAAGGAACAAAAGAAGGUAAUUUUUUUAAUUUUGGUAAAAAACUUUUUUUUUAAUUUUUGAUUGAAAAUGCUAAAAUACGACUUUAAAAAAUAUAACAUUAUCUAUUUUUAGAUGAUCAAACACAGACUCUGGAAAGAGGUUUACGCUGGAGCCAAGCUGUUUUUCUUGACCGGCAUGAUUCAUGACACUUACCUAAAGGUUGAAGUUCGAAAUCUGGCUAGAUUUAUAUCGGUUAUGAAGUUCAGGCCAAUGCAAUGGCGUGAUGCUCAUCCAUUUGUACUGUGCGAUCGUAUGGAAGAUAUUACUGAUGCGGAAAGUGUGCGAGGUGAUCCUAAAGUCGACCGGUCGGUACGUUAAUGAUUUUUUAGUAUAUAAAAUUUAGCUAGCUUAGAUUUUAGAGCUGGAUUUUUACGAAUAUAACAUCUACUUUAACGAUUAUAUUAUUUUAGGUAUGCCUUUACGGCUGGUUGCGCGGAACCUACUUAAGAAACCACACAGCUGUACAUGUGCCUGGAAUUGGUGAUCUACAGUUAAAAAGCGUUGCAGUGUUACCAGAUCCGUGUCCUUUUCCGGAAAAAGAAGCUAAAAGAAGUCUGAAUCAAAAGGAAAGAGUUGUAUAUGCACCAUUCUCUGGUUUAGGUGGCAUUGUAUACGAUAAGGACGCGAUUUAUGUGGAGACUGGAGGUGCUCAACAUUUUCAGAAGAAUGUAAGAUUUUUUACUUUGUUUUUGGUGUUUUAUGUAUAGCAUUGGAAGGGUUGUGGAUGAAAUACGGGUAAACGUUUGUAUGAGAAGUUUGUAGAUCUAAAAUAAGGUCUUUUUAACUCUAAACGCCUUAAAACAACCGCAUUGGACUUUCUUUAUAUAAAACAAGGUAUUUAAGCCUUUUUUUCAUACAAAAGAAUCGAAUUUUAACUGUUUUUACCUAAAUUUUCAGUCAAAAAGAGAUGUUAUUAUCGACGCCAUUGCGGACAACAAUAUGACUCUUGAUGAACAGCUCAACAACACUUCUCUGAAGCUUUUGUCAACUUCCGCUGCUAUAGAUAACACUGCGGUUGAGUCAGACGACGAAGAGGAUGAUGAUGAAGAUGUGGACGAAGAAGAAGAGAAAUUAGAGGAUGAAGAGGAAGAUUACGGUGAAGAUGAUUUUAAAGAGGAAUCAGAUGAAGAAACCAAUGAACUGUUGGGAAAAGUUAGAAGGACGAAAGAGGGGUUGAACGUUAUCUCUGAACAUUCUGGAGACUUUUCUGGAUUAAGAAAGAAGUCAAAGUUGAAUUACAAGUUUGAAACGGGAAGGAUAAGAUGGAAGGAUCUGGUUUAUGGAGGUAAAACUUAUAGUAUAGGUAAAAAUUCUGUUUUUCAGAUGCCCUAGACAUUAAAGAAGAAGACUCAGACGAAGAAGAUGAUCUACUAGGCGGUGGUUUACUCAAAAAAGCCAAAGCCUCGGUUCCAGAGUCCCAAAAAGCCUUCAAAGACCUGGAAGACGGAUUCUGUUUCUUCACUCCAGCUACUACAAGUUCUGAAGCUAGAAACCUGGAUUGGAGCAGUGAAGAUAUCAGAGAAUCUAUCAGAAAUUGUUUUGUUACUGGUAAAUGGGAAGAAGGUGAUGGAUUAGAAGGUUCGGAUGAUGAAUAUGGAGAUCUGGAUUUGAAUGAAGAUGAAAUGGAUAUUAAGGAAGAGGAUGGUGAUGAGAAGGAAGAGAAAGAGGAUGGGAAGAGUGAAGAAGGUAAGUUUUAUAAGUGAACAUAGGAACUGGUUAGCUAAGAGUUUGUUUAUGAUUCCAGCUGGACUAAUUUUUACGUGACUGGCUUUAUUAUGAGGUUUCAUAGGUUUAAUGAGAUGUUAUACGGUCUUAUAUUGGUAGUGUAAUAUGUUUUAUAAUUCUAAGUUUUUAAAAUUUAGAAAAGGACGAAGAACGACGAAAGUUGAGACAAAAGGCUAAGAUCAAGCUGAAGGAACAGUUUAAUGCUGAGUACGACGAAACUAACGAACAUUACAAUGCUUUGAAGGAGGAAUUAGAUGCUCAAGCUAAGGUACGACAAAGAAAAAGUUAUUUUUUUUUUCUUUUUCUUUAUUUUUCUAUUUUUUAUCUAUUUUUAAUCUACUUUUAUGUUUUUCUUCAAUUUUUUCAUAUUUAUAUUUAUUUUUGGUGAUUUUUAAACUUAUUUUUGAUUGUUUUUUUUUAUUUCUAUUUAAUAUUUUAAAUUUUUUGUAUUUUUUAUUCUUAUUUUUAUUACUUUUUCACUUUCAGCUCAACAAAAGUGAAUUCGAAAACAUGGACGAGUCGGAGCGUGAACUUCUAGAAGGCUACAGGCCCGGCCGCUACGUCCGUCUAGAAUUCCAGAGCAUUCCAGUGGAAUUUAUCGACCACUUCGAUCCACGAAGACCACUAAUUGUAGGCGGACUCCUUCCAGGAGAACAAAACAUGGGCUGUCUCCAAGUCAGAAUCCACAGACAUCGUUACUUUGAACGGCUUCUGAAGUCACGGGAUCCGUUAAUCAUUUCGUGCGGAUGGAGACGUUUUCAAACUAUGAUGAUCUACAGUAUUCAGGACCAUAAUAUGAGACAGAGGUUCUUGAAGUACAUUCCACAAAGCAUGUUCUGUCACGGAACGUUUUGGGGACCGUUGGUUGCGCAGAAUACUGGAUUUAUGGCUGUUCAAAGUGUGGAUGAGAAGACAGUAAGUUUUUGAAAUUUUGAAAAAAAAGUUGAUGAUUAGAUAAGUUAAGGUCGUGGGUUGCGUUUUUGUGGUAUUUUUAGGUUUAUAGGGAAGCUUUAGCCUUUAAAACCUAACUUAUACUUAAAAAUCAAAUUUUCAGAAAGGCUUCCGAAUCGCGGCUACAGGUGUCGUCCUCAACAUGGACAAGUCAAUGAAAGUGGUCAAAAAGCUCAAGUUGGUUGGAGAACCUUUAAAAAUCUUCAACAAAACCGCCUUCAUCAAAGGAAUGUUUAACAGUCAACUGGAAGUGGCACGAUUCCAAGGCGCCGCCAUACGAACGGUCAGUGGAAUCCGUGGUCUGGUCAAGAAGGCCGUGAAUGAUGAACCAGGAGCCUUCAGAGCAACUUUUGAGGACAUGAUCAGAAUGGGUGAUAUCGUAUUCUUGAGGUCAUGGGUCACUGUACCUAUUCCACAAUUCUUCGCUCCUGUAACAGACAAAUUGUUACCGUACGAAGAGCAAUGGGUGGGAAUGAAGACAGUGGGAAGGCUGAGAAAUGAACAAGGCACAAAGCCGGAGAUUAACAAAGACAGUUUGUAUAAGGUAAGGGUUGUGUUGUGGUUUGAGUGUGUAAGAUAAAACUUAUAUUGGGAUAGAAGUGUAUAAGGUAAGGGUUAUAUUGUGAUAGGGUGGGUAAGGUGAGAGUUAUAUUGGGAUAAGUUAUACAAGCCAAGAAAAGUAAUUUUUUUAUAUUACCCUACCUAUUUUCAGCCUAUAAAACGAAAGCCCUUCGUUCCAACCGAGCUCACUCUAACCAAGAAACUCCAAUCCGAGCUACCCUACAACCUGAAGCCUAAAGUCGAAACGGAAAGAGUGGUAAGGAAGCGGACAGCUCAAAUCGAAAAGAACACUGCUGUCAUCUUGGAACCACGAGAAGCUAAAAUACGAAAGGUCAUGAGCAUUCUGGAGAAAGUUCACGAAAAUCGACAGGAACAAGAAAAAAAGGAUUUGGAUAGGAGACAGAAACUGCAUCAAAAGGUAAGGGAGAUGAUGAUAUUGGGGGUUUUUUAUUUUGAGUGGGAUAGGAAAGGCUUUGAGGUGUGAUGUGUGAAGUAUAUGGAGAAGGUUUGAUCUUGAUAGUCUUAUCUAUAUAGCUCAAAAUCAAAAUUUUUUUUUAAAUGAAUAACUUUUCUUGUUGUUCUCUCUCGCUUUGUAUAUUUCUAUAUAUGUAUUUACGAAGUUAUAUUGGUUUAAUUUCAGAAAGUAGCCGAGAUUGACACGAAGCGAAAAGAGAAGAUGAUGAAGACCAAAGAGGAGAUUUGUCGCAAAUUGUCGAAAAAAGAAAUUGCCAGAUUGAGAAAGUCGAUGAAAGCUGUCAAAGGUCGAGGCGGUCGCAGAGACGAUUGA